CUGCUGCCCAAGUGGGAGAAGGAAGGCUACAGGAACAUGAAGAGGACACACCUGUACUUAAUAUCCAUAGGUCAGCGGUGUCCUACUCCAGCGUUCAUGAGCAGGAGGGGCGGGGCCAUCAGUCCACUGGGCACGCCCACAUGGGAUCCGAGUGACUCAGAGGACGACUGGGAGUCGAGCGAGGAGGAAGAGGAAGAGGAGGAGGAGGAGGAGGAGGAGGAGAGACCCAGCGAGGAGGGACCACCACAAGAUCACUCACACACACACACAUUAGAGAGACCAUGGUCAGGACACACACACACACACAACUUGGAGAGACCACCGCCAGCAGAGGUGGAGAGGUCACCCAGCAUGGAGAGAGCACCGCUAGAUCACUCACUCACACACACUCCAGACACCAGCGACUCAGAAGAUUGGACGCUCAGCUCAGAGAGACCGUGGUCGGGUCACACACACACACACACUCCAGGCAGCGGCGAGAUAGAAGAGUGGACAUCAUCUCCGCCUGGUCACACACACUCGCCUGGCGUUGAGAGCUCACACACACACACACCAGACACUAGUGACUCUGAAGAUUGGACACCCAUCUCGAAGAAGAGACCAUGGCAAGCCUCUCAGUUUUUCGGGCCUCCUGCUGGACACACUGCUAGUCCUUGGAGACACACACUACCUCAGGUGUGCGGCACAGAGUCGGGCAGGCAGAGAGACGUACUGGAGAGUUUCGAUGGACAGAGAGCCGGACUGGAGAGUUUAGAUGGACAGAGAGACGUAGAGCAAAACGCCACAGCAAAGACACCUGAGAUGUCUAGGGCGUCUCAGGUGUUCUCCUGCUCUCUGUGCCCGUUCUCCUUCACGGCUCAGAUUUACCUGCAAAAACAUGUGAAGAGGAGUCACCCAGACGAGUAUGUACGUCUGCUGAGGUCUGGAGAGAUCAGAUCAGAGACUCUGUUACCUUCUCAACAGCCCACAGCAUGGGAAUACAUACCAGACACACAGUCUUCUACAGAGUACACACCAGACUUACAGCCUUCUUCAGAGCAGCGAAGAGCACAAACUCAGGCAACACACCAGCACACUCUCACAGCAGAGAAGAAACCGCACUACACUGACCCUGGCCAGAGCGUCAGUCAAGAGGAACGCUUAAAACUACAACGCUCCCACACAGGACAGAGGCCGUAUCGUUGCACUCAGUGUGGCAAGAGUUUCACCAGGGAGGGACAUUUAAACCGACACCAGCGUACUCACACAGGAGAGAGGCCGUAUCUCUGCACUCAGUGUGGCAAGAGUUUCCCUAGACUGGACAAUUUAAAAGUACACCAGCGUAUUCACACAGGAGAGAGGCCGUAUCACUGCACUCAGUGUGGCAAGAGUUUCAUUACAAAGGGAAGUUUAACAUUACACCAGCGUGUUCACACAGGACAGAGGCCGUAUCGUUGCACUCAGUGUGGCAAGAGUUUCGUUACAAAUGGAAGUUUAAAAUUACACCAGAGUAUUCACACAGGAGAGAGGCCGUAUCACUGCACUCAGUGUGGCAAGAGUUUUGUUACAAAUGGAAAUCUAAAAAUACACCAGCGCAGUCACAGAGGACAGAGGCCGUAUCGUUGCACUCAGUGUCGCAAAAGUUUAAUUACAGAUGGAUCUUUUCAACGACGCCAGUGCACUCACACAAGAGAGAGGCCGUACCCCUGUACUCAGUGUGGCAGGAGCUUUAUUAGAGGGCAUGAUUUAAAACGGCACCAGCGUACUCACACAGGAGAGAGGCCUUAUCUCUGCAUUCAGUGUGGCAAGAGUUUCACUAGAGAGGCACAUUUAAAAACACAUCAACGCACUCACACAGGAGAGAGGCCGUAUCACUGCACUCGGUGUGGCAAGAGUUUCAUUACAAAUGGAAAUUUAAAAUUACACCACCGCACUCACACAGGAGAGAGAUGGUAUCACUGCAUUCAGUGUGGCAAGAGCUUCACUAGAGAGUACCAUUUAAAAUUACACCAGCACAUUCACACAGGAGAGAGGCCGUAUCACUGCAUUCAGUGUGGCAAGAGUUUCAUUCAAAAGAUAUCUUUAAAAUUACACCAACGCAUGCACACACAGUACAAAGGCUGUAUCACUGCACUCAGUGUGGCAAGAGUUUCAUUACAAAUGGAAAUGUAAAACUACACCAGCGCACUCACACCGGAGAGAGGCCGUACAUAGUGGAAAUGACGUUCCCUCAUGUCUUGUGAUUGUAAGAGACAGCAGUGCUCUGACAGGAAAAAGCCCUAAUCACUUUUGCUGAUCAAGACCCAUGUCUCAUUAAGGCGAAGGUGGACAUGCCAAUUGCCAAGAAGGUAUUAAAUCUGUUAUAUUUUAUAUGAUAAGAAUGUGUUGUAUUGUAUUUUCAAUUGCAACAAUUUUACAAAGCGGCGAUGUCAUGUUAUUUAUGAUUAAAGUAGAUUUUGUUCAUUCACUUUGUGAUAUUGUAAUAAUUUGAAUUAUUGAUUUACAUGUAUCUGAUCUUAAACUGACCUGAACUCAGUUAGAAUUAUCAGUCUUUU